AUCCCGGUUUCCGGUUCCGGCAGUACCAGGAUCCUAGUCGAGAUGGAGGAAGAUGCGAACCGAGUCUGGCUGCCGCUGGGAAUGGAGGGUCGUGCGCGGACUGCGUUCUAGAAGUUCAGGCCUGGAUUUCUCAGACGCGGCCGAACCGCCUGGGUCUGGGAAGGUAAGCGACAUCGGUGCUUGGGUGCCUAGAGGGAUCAGCGGUACCUAAGGACCGACUUGUCGAGGAGGCAGCGGAUGUCUGCUCUGCGGGGCUACAGCGCCAUGGGAAGCCGCCCUGCAGUUCUGGCUACGAAAGGCAAGUCCGGCGAGGCAUCUCUUCCUGGCAUAGGAGCAUGAGAGGCUGACGAGAAGCAUGGCAAGGGGCAUACCCAAGGACCCUGAGUUCGCCGUGCCAGAGCCGGACCGAAGGUCUUCAGGCACAAUGGAGGACAAGCGAAACAUCCAGAUCAUCGAGUGGGAACACCUAGACAAGAAGAAGUUCUAUGUGUUUGGCGUGGCAAUGACCAUGAUGAUCCGGGUUAGCAUGUACCCCUUCACCCUCAUCCGUACUCGGCUGCAGGUUCAGAAGGGCAAGAGCCUCUACCAUGGGACCUUUGAUGCCUUCGUCAAGAUCCUCCGGGCAGAUGGAGUGACUGGCCUCUACCGGGGUUUUCUGGUCAACACCUUCACGCUCUUCUCUGGCCAGUGCUAUGUCACCACUUACGAGCUGACCCGGAAAUUUGUCUCGGACUACAGCCAGAGUAACACAGUCAAAUCACUGGUCGCCGGGGGCUCCGCCUCCCUCGUGGCCCAGAGCAUCACGGUGCCCAUUGACGUCGUCUCCCAGCACCUGAUGAUGCAGCGCAAGGGUGAGAAAAUGGGUCGCUUCCAAGUUCGUGGGAACCUGGAGGGACAAGGGGUAAUUGCCUUUGGCCAAACCAAGGACAUCAUCAGACAAAUUCUGCGGGCUGAUGGCCUUCGAGGCUUCUACCGAGGCUACGUGGCCUCGCUGCUCACAUACAUCCCAAACAGUGCUGUGUGGUGGCCCUUUUAUCACUUCUAUGCAGAGCGGCUGUCGUACCUGUGUCCUCAGGAGUGCCCCCACAUUGUCUUCCAAGCCAUCUCUGGGCCCUUGGCUGCGGCCACUGCCUCCAUCCUCACCAACCCCAUGGAUGUCAUCCGAACCCGUGUGCAGGUGGAAGGCAAGAGCUCCAUCAUCCUGACCUUCAGGCAGCUGAUGGCAGAAGAGGGGCCCUGGGGCCUCAUGAAGGGCCUCUCCGCCCGAAUCAUCUCGGCCACACCCUCCACCAUCGUCAUCGUGGUGGGCUACGAGAGCCUCAAGAAACUCAGCCUCCGACCAGAGCUGGUGGACUCGAGACACUGGUAGCCAGUGGUGGACAGAGAGCCUCUGGUUUCACACAUUCUUCUGGGCCGGGGUAGAGCAGGGAGGAUAGUACCCUUGUGAACGCCACCACCACACACCCACCCUGCUCCCAGCCAGGUGGCCUAUCUGGGACAAGAGAAGAAACUUUGGACUGUUCUUGCUGAAGAGGUUCUGUGCCUGGCUUCCCUGUUCCCAGUCAUUUUAUUUCUCCUGCAGAUCUGGGCCCCUCACUAGGUCCUGGUACUUAGUCACGGCCUGAAGGUCAACCUCCACGGGACCUGUUAGCCCCUCACUGGUGCCCCUUUCUCUGGCCACCCCUCAGGCCUGGAGAAGAGCUGCUCGAGAGUCUGUCUGUCCUCUGCUUUUUCCGCUUGAGUCUUUAAGCCAAGGCUCUAAGCAACUGCCCAAGAUCUAUUUUUUAAGCUUGCUUAUCUUAAAUUGGGGACUGAGUUGUCCACUGGACUACUCUGCUGUGCCCUGCUUUUGGGGACAUGGGAGCAGCAAACACUCUGCAGGGAGUCACUAGGAGGAACGCCAAGGCUUGACUUGGUGACAUCUGUGAACCAGGCAACUAAUCCUGACAGCGUCAGGCCUGCUGUUGGAACCCACUCCUUGAAGAAGUGGAAAACUGUGACAUCGAUCCCGAUUCUUUAUCCCUUCCCUGUCCCUUCAGGUCUGGGAGCCUGAAGACAAGAAUGGGCUGUUGGCCUCCAGUGGCCCAGGAGACUACGGUGGAGGGCACAGUUCCGAGCGGAUCAGACUUUCUGGAAGACACUGGACUUGGAACGUUGCCCUGAAGCAGGUCGAGAGAGCCGCUGGCUUGGAAAGCAAUGAGAGGGUGUGUGUCCCGUCACUGUCCUCUCCUCAGGCCAGCUGAGCCAAGCCCGGGAGGCAGCAGGGGAGGUUCGGAGCCCCAGGCGCUGAUGUCACACACAUACCUGUCACUUAGAUGAACAGCAGGGGUCUCACAAUGGGACUCUGGAACAUGAACUACCCUGGUUUUUCUUGUCUGUGGUUGUGAAGUGUCAUCCCGGUCAUGGUACCCUGUGCUGGCAACAGAAAAAAGAACCGUCGGGAAGGCACCCAAGGCCAGGCCCCCUGCAGUUACCAGCCUCAUACUGCCAACGUCAGUGAAGCUCCUUCAGGAGCUGCUUCUCUGUCUCCAAGCCUGUGCCGGAGGCAGAGAGGCACAGCAUGUGGAAUGGGAAGAUGGUGGCCUGGGUGAUGCUUUCAACCUUUUCUAGUGGCCCCAUGCCUCGGGAAAUGCCAUGGUGCCAAUGUGGAAGGUGCUAGCUAACUGAAGCAAGCCUUCAUGGUUUUCACUGCUGCUCCACGUUCUUCCGUUCCGACUAGACCCCUGUACGUAACUCUUCCACUCACGGUAGUCUGUAUUUGUUUCCUUUGGAACCCUUGACUCUUGUCUCAGCAUAUUAGUUGUUUUGAGACAGGCUGGUUUGAUUCACUCUGUAGCAGAGGAUGCCCUUGAACUCCUGAUCCUCCUCCACCUCCUGAGUUCUGGCUUUGUGGUAUGCUGCCAGGCCCCACUUCCUGCACUUUAUUGAGAGAGCCCUCCAGUUUUGUCCAUAAUCAUCUGAAGGGUGGAGCCCACAGAUCGUUUUGAAUCUUUCUGCUCCUCACCUCUACAUUAAGAACUGUCAAUACAACGGAAGCACAGACACCCCCGAGGAAAACUAUCAUGACUUUUGCUCCGUGUUGUCUUUCCUCUUUGGUCCUUCCUUACUGGGACAGAGGGUGGACAGCACAAGAGGUUCUUGCUUCUCAUGCCUUAGGUUAUUUCUUCCUCCUGACUACAUUUUCUUGUGCGGUGUAUAAAUCUCUCCCUCUCCUGUCCCUUCUCUUUCCUUCUUCCCGCUUGUUUGAAAGAACAAUACACGUAAGGGCACCUCCCCCAUCCUGACCCCUACUCUCCCCAACGUCAGGGACUAGGAUGGGCCAGCGGGCGCCCGUUUUUCCAAAACUGGAGAGCAAACAAAUUUUAUCCCUUUGGUCCGUAACCUAAUUUAGAAACUAGAAAAGCCAGGAAAACUGGAGGGACAUGGGGAAGAAAACUUAAGCGUUUGAUAAAAUGGACUCUUGAGGAUAUUAGCUGCGAAUAUUCACUGUUGCACUGUACGAAAUCUUUGAAAUGUAAUUAAAAGUUUUUAUUGAGCCCCUAAA